GAGACCACUAUCCUUGCGAGUUGCUCAUUUUUUAUUUCGAAGAGAGAGAGAGAAAGAUGAUUGGGUCGGGCUUUAUAGAUGAUCUAGACAAUGACCUAUGCGGAGAUUUCUUCGACCACAUCGACGAUUUGUUGGAUUUCCCUAUGGAGGACGUCGAGGUUGGUGGUGGACCUGGUGGUGGUUUUGGAGGGGAAUGUGACCCUUUCCAAGGUGCUUGCUGGCCUCCUACGGCAGACGCUUUGGCAGGUUCUACCUCCUCUGUUCUCUCUGGCAAAAAUGGCGACACCACUACUUCAGAACUUCCCACAGAGCUGUCUGUUCCGUACGAAGACAUUGCUCAGCUGGAAUGGUUGUCCAAUUUCGUCGAAGAUUCGUUUUCUGCCGGGAGCAUUAUCAUCGAUAAGGACUUGUCCUCCAUCGGCGGUAACAUCGUCAACAACGAGAACAGCAGCAACAAUGACAAGGACAACAAGGAUUCUCACCAGUUCCAGACGUCCAGCCCAGUCUCUGUUCUGGAGAGCAGUAGCUCUUGCUCUGGCGGUAACGGUAUUGGGAGUGGAAGUAGUAGUGGUGGGUUCAGGACUAUGCCUCUCAGCCCCGAGACUUUCGUGCCUGGGCGUGCUCGUAGCAAGCGUCCACGCCCUGCUACCUUCAACCCACGCAUACUCAUCUCCCUCAUCUCUCCAUCCUCCUCUUCUGCCACUGAGGACCCCUAUCCCCUCUCCACCUUAGAAUCCGCUUCCGAACUCGACAAUUACGUGGAGUCCUUUCCUGUGAGGAAGAUACAUUUCAAACCCAUUGCUGUUACUGCGACUGCUGCUACUGAACCGGACCAUUACCAGCAGCAGCAGCAGCAGAAGAAGAAGAAAAAGAAGUUGCCGCUGCCACAACCGUCUCCUACAUCAUCAGGUUCUGUAGGUUACACUGAUCAGCCCCCUCAGCCAGCGGCGGCUGUUAGGAAAUGCUUGCAUUGCGAGAUAACCAAGACUCCGCAGUGGAGAGCGGGACCCUUGGGCCCCAAGACCCUCUGCAAUGCAUGCGGCGUUAGAUACAAGUCCGGCCGGCUCUUCCCAGAAUACAGACCCGCCGCCAGCCCAACGUUCGUGUCGUCAUUGCACUCCAACUCCCACAAGAAAGUGCUAGAGAUGAGGGUCAAGUCUGAGUCAUCCUUCUCGCCUGCAACUACUCCAGGCACACCCGAAUUGGUGCCCAAUAACAACCCUUUGCUUGAUUACAUCUGAGGCGUAAAGAGAAGAAUGCAUCUCUACUCCGGGCCUACCAGUGGAAAUUCGCUCUCGUUUCGAUUGCCCUUUUGUGGGUUUUGUCUUUCUUUAGUUAGUUUCAUUUGUUUGUUCUUUCGUUUUUUGUAUAUAUAAUGGGUGAGAGGGGAACAUGGAUAGGAGCAAAAUGGAUGACCAUAUUCUUAGCGCUUAGGGUUAAAAAACAGAGGAAAAAGAAGGUAGACGACCAAUUCAGAAAGUUAGAGAAAGAGGUUAGGGGCAUUAGGGAAAUUAGUUUGUAGGUAUGUGCUUAGAUUAUCAGGUAUCAGCUAUUGAAAAUGUUUUUCUUUUGUUCAUUAAAUUUUUGGGAAUUCUUCUGUUUGGCAGUUGAUUUUGUUAUCAGAAAAAGGAUUCAUAGAACAUCC